AUGAAGCUCCCUAAGACUUACAACACGUAUUUCGUGGCGUUUAUCGCCACCGUCGGCGGAAUGCUGUUCGGUUUCGAUAUCUCCUCCAUGUCAGCUAUCAUUGGAACCCAGCAGUACAAGGACUUCUUUGAUAACCCAGGUGGUCUUCGUCAGGGCGCUAUCGGAUCUGCUCUUGCUGCUGGUUCCGUUGUAGGAUCUGCCAUUGCAGGACCCAUCUCCGAUAGAAUUGGCCGUCGCGACUCCAUUAUGUUCGCUUGUCUCUGGUGGCUUGCCGGUACUGCGGUCCAGACAUCCACUAACGGGUUUGCUUCAUUGAUUGCUGGUCGUGUCCUCAACGGUGUCUGUGUUGGAAUUACCAGUUCGCAAGUCCCAGUCUACCUCGCUGAGAUUGCGAAAAAGGAAAAGCGUGGCCAGCUCAUUGUGAUCCAGCAACUCGCCAUCGAAUGGGGCAUCCUCAUUAUGUACUUCAUUGGUUACGGAUGUAGCUUUAUUUCCGGCACAGCUUCUUUUCGAACUGCUUGGGGAAUCCAAUUUGUUCCCUGUAUUUUCCUCAUGGUUGGUUUGCCAUUCCUCCCACGCUCGCCUCGCUGGCUUGCAAAGGUCGAUCGCGUCGAGGAGGCCAUCGACACCCUUGCAAAGAUCCAAGCGAACGGCAAUCGGGACGAUCCCCUUGUCGUUGCGGAGUGGGAGGAUAUUACUGCAGUGCUUACAGCCGAGCGCAAUGCCCUGCCCGGCUGGCGAAAGUUUGUUUACAAUGGCAUGUGGAAGCGUACUCUGGCUGGUUUCACCGUGCAGAUGUGGCAACAGAACAGCGGUGCCAAUGUCAUGACCUACUAUGUCGUGUAUAUCUUCAUGAUGGCUAACCUAACCGGUAACAUCAACCUUAUCUCGUCCGGUAUCCAGUACGCGCUGUUCAUCAUCUUCACGACCUUCAUUUUCUUCUAUAUUGACAAGACCGGUCGUCGUCCUCUCCUCAUCUCGGGUGCUAUUCUCAUGGGGAUCUGUCACUUUGUCGUCGCCGGUAUUCUGUCCUCUGGAGAGUACGUUCCAGGAGGUGUUGAUGGCAACCCCAAUGUAGUGAUCCGGGUCCUUGGCUCCAAAUCCCACGCUGUCAUCGCCUUCUCUUACCUGCUGAUCAUCAUCUACGCGCUCACUCUCGCCCCUGUCUGCUGGGUGUAUGCUGCCGAGGUCUGGUCUCUGGAAACUCGCGCAACAGGUAUGGGUAUUGCUGCAAUCGGGAACUGGCUCUUCAACUUCGCUCUGGGUCUUUACAUCCCUCCUGGAUUCCAGAACAUCACGUGGAAAAUGUUUAUUGUAUUUGGCGUCAUGUGCUUCCUCGCCGCUAUUCAAUUCUUCUUCACGUACCCAGAGACAUGUGGAAAGACCCUUGAGGAAAUUGAGGAGAUGUUCGCGCCUGGUGGACCUAAGCCCUGGCACACCAAGCCCGGUAACUCCAAGCUUGAUGUUCUUGUUGACGAAGUUCGUACACAUAACAAGCACAUUGACCUCGAUAACAACGAGAUCAAGCCUGCGACUGAGGCUAAUGAGAAGGUUGAGUAA